GGCACUGUUUUCUUCACUUGUGUGCAUAGGAUCAACUCUGGUCCUCCAGAGUGUCUGCGUUCGCAGCGUGGUGUCCUGAUCUCAUUCCGGCACUCCUCGUCUGUCCUAUCUGACUGCCUCCCUCUUCCUCCUCACUAGUACACUUUAGGGUGGUGAGAAGAUCGCAUCUCCUCGUACUAUCGUUGUGGUAGAGCAACUCGAACAUCGUCUAUCCCGCAACACGUUUCACAACUCAUUCUGACCGAUGACCGGUUCCCAGUCUCCUUCUUUUCAUGUUCAUUUUCAUAUCAAUACUUUCCAUCAUGUUCAUUUUGCAUCUGAAGCUCCAAAAACAAAUUAUACACCUAACAAAAAAUAUCAAGUACUAUCGCCCUUGCAGUACAACCAGUUGCAUUUAUACGAAUCGGAGAAAUUCAUUCUCCGAAACGUGAAAAAUGAAAACUGUCAAACGGAUUCAGAGACCGCAGCACACUUCUGUCAUGCAUGAAAUUUUGCAACUAGUGUAGUACGAGCUAAUUCGAUACUUUUACACUGGAUAUCCCGUAGUUGCCCCCAAACCCGCUCAUUGUGCUGUGCAACCCGAAGUUCUUCGGUUUGAACUUAAACGGCUUCAUGUGCUU